UGAGAGGUCUAGGCGGGGGUGUUGGAGCCUCCAUGGCGACCAGGCGUUUGGGGCGAAGCUACUGGGAGCUAAGCCCCACCGAGCGCAGGACGCCAGUAGUGCUGCGGGGCUCCGGGGCCGAAGAGGAGGCGGCUUCCCCUCCGGUCCUAUCUCUCAGCCACUUCUGCAAGUCGCCUUUCCUUUGCUUCGGGGAUGUUCGCCUAGGAGCCUCUCGAACCUUGUCUCUGGCUCUAGACAAUCCCAACGAGGAGGUUACUGAAGUGAAGAUCUGCCGCUUCCCGGCAGCGGACCGGGGCUUUAGCAUCUCGCAGCAUUGUUUCGUGUUGCAGCCUAAAGAAAAAAUUGUAAUUUCUGUUAACUGGACACCAUCCAAAGAAGGCCGAGUAAGAGAGAUUGUGACAUUUCUUGUAAAUGAUGUUCUGAAGCACCAGGCUAUAUUACUAGGAAAUGCAGAAGAACGGAAAAAGAAAAAGAGGAGUCUUUGGGAUACCAUUAAUAAAAAGACUGCUUCAACCUCUUCAAAUCAUAACAAAAGGAUUUCAAAUAGUCAAAAUGUUAAUAAAACAUUUAAUGUUUCCCAAAAGGUUGACAUAGUUAGGAGUCCACUACAAGCCUGUGAAAAUCUGGCUAUGACUGAAGUCUGUUCCCCAACAGAAAACAAUUCCUUAAUCCUUGAAAAUAGAAUAACCAUAUCACCUAUAAGCCCCACUUUCAAAGAAUGCUAUGGUGACACUUUGUCACUUUCUGUACGUCGAUCUACUACCUACUCUUCUCUUCAUGCAUCUGAAAACGUGGAACUGUUGAAAGUAGAAGAUCCCAUCAUUUCAAACGAUUUUAAUUUUAAUGAGCAAGUUAUAACUGAAACAUCCAUUAACUCUAUAAAUAAUAUUAAUGGCCAAAUUGAAGAAAAUAAUAGACUUAUUCUUACCCCAAACUGUUCUUCAACUUUGAAUAUUACACAAAGCAAAGGAAAUUUUCUAAGUCCAGACUCCUUUGUACUUAAUAGCCAUGUAGUUAAUAAUGAAGUAGAAUCAGUUACAUGUCUUUCAUCAGAUGAAUUUAUGAAAGAUAAUUCAAAGCCUAUGCAUUUAGAAUCAAAAACUGUACAUGAAAUUUAUCAAACUAUUUUAAGUCCAGAUUCUUUUGUAAAUGAUAAUUACGGACUAAAUCGGGAUCUAGAAUCAGAGUCAAUUAAACCCAUUCUAUUACCAAAUCAAUUUGUAAACAGUAACAUGACAUCUAUGUGUACAUCUCAUCAAACAUGUAAAUUAUCACCAUUAUCAAAUGAAAAUUCUCAGGUCCCACAACCUCCUCAAGUUUGGAGGAAAAAUAAAGUUUUACCAUUUACUCGUGGAUGUCAGGAUUCAAAAUCUCCUAAAGCUAUAUCUGAACAACCCAAAGCCGUAGAAGUGAAGUCAAAUUAUUACAGUUUUACAAGACAAAAUCAUCCUGAGUUCUCUGCAGUUCAGGAUAUUUCUGGUUGCAACCACAAUAAACAAUCCAAAAGACGGCCGAUACUUUCCACCACUGUUACUAAAAAGAAGUCCAGCUCUGCCAGAGAAAAACAAACUGAAAUUAAUAAACCAAAGGCAAAAAGAUGUCUCAACAAUGUGGUAGGCGAACUCGAAAAAGUGAUAGUAGAUAAUCAAAAAGAGAAAGAAUCUUUUCAUUCAUACCUUCCAAUUAUAGAUCCGGUUAUAAGCAAAUUUAAUAGUCAUAAAAAUGAAAUAACUCCAUCUUCCUCAAAGACAGCUUUAGGUGCUUGUAAAAGAAAGAGUGCCGGAACUAUGGAAAAUGCAAAUGUGAGAAGUGCAGUUAUGGAACAUAGAGUACAAAAAAUCAGAAGAAUCCAUUUUUCUCCUUUGGAAUCUAAAACAUCAACAGCUAAAAAAACAAAAAAAGUCAUCACACCUAUUUCAAAACAUACUAGUAACAGAGAGAAAUUAAACCUGAAGAAGAGAUCAGAUUCAUUAGUACACGGAACUCCUAGUUCUAAAACAAGGAAGAGGACUAAAUCUAUUGUUCCUGUGGUGCAGUCCAAUUUGACCUUCAUAAAACCAUUAAAAGCAGAUAUUCCUAGACACCCAAUGCCAUUUGCUGCAAAAAACAUGUUUUAUGAUGAACGCUGGAAGGAAAAGCAGGAACAGGGCUUUACUUGGUGGCUAAAUUUUAUAUUAACACCUGAUGACUUCACUGUAAAAACACAUAUUUCCAAAGUAAAUGCUGCUACUCUUCUUUUGGGAAUGGAGAGUCAACAUAAAAUAAGUGUUCCUAGAGCACCUACAAAAGAUGAAGUGUCUCUCAGAGCUUACACUGCUCGGUGCAGAUUGAAUAGAUUACGUCGUGCAGCCUGCCGUUUAUUUACUUCUGAAAAAUUGGUUAAAGCUAUUAAAAGGCUUGAAAUUGAAAUUGAAGCCAGACGUUUAAUUGUUCGUAAAGAUAGACAUCUCUGGAAGGAUGUGGGAGAACGGCAGAAAGUCCUAAAUUGGCUUUUGUCAUAUAAUCCUUUGUGGCUACGAAUUGGGUUGGAGACAGUUUUUGGGGAACUCAUAUCUCUGGAAGACAAUAGUGAUAUCAUGGGAUUGGCUAUGUUUAUUCUGAAUCGCUUGCUUUGGAAUCCUGAUAUAGCAGCUGAAUAUAGACACCCCACUGUUCCUCAUCUCUACAGAGAUGGUCAUGAAGAAGCUUUGUCUAAGUUUACAUUGAAAAAGCUAUUGUUGUUGGUCUGUUUCCUUGAUUAUGCUAAAAUCUCCAGACUUAUUGAUCACGAUCCUUGUCUCUUCUGUAAAGAUGCUGAAUUCAAGGCUAGUAAAGAAGUUCUUCUGGCUUUUUCCCGAGAUUUCCUAAGUGGUGAAGGCGACCUGUCUCGUCACCUUAGCUUUUUGGGAUUACCUGUUAGCCAUGUUCAGACACCAUUUGAUGAAUUUGAUUUUGCUGUUACAAGUCUUGCUGUAGACUUGCACUGUGGGGUGCGUCUUGUGCGAACCAUGGAACUUCUCACACAGAACUGGAAUCUCUCAAAGAAACUCAGGAUUCCUGCAAUAAGCCGUCUUCAAAAGAUUCACAAUGUUGACCUUGUUUUUGAAAUUCUUAAAUCCCGAGGAAUUCAACUAAUUGAUGAACAUGGAAACACAAUCCUAUCUAAGGAUAUUGUAGAUAGGCACAGAGAAAAAACUCUUGCAUUGCUUUGGAAAAUAGCAUUUGCUUUUCAGGUGGAUAUUUCCCUUAAUUUAGAUCAGUUAAAGGAAGAAAUUGACUUUCUAAAACAAGCUCAGAGUACAAAGACAGCACUGUCUGCACUAUCGUGCCAUUCUGAUAGUAUGGUUAAUAAGAAAAAAGACAAAAGGAAUAGUGGUUCCUUUGAACAGUAUAGUGAAAGCAUAAAACUAUUGAUGGAUUGGGUAAAUGCUGUUUGUGCCUUCUAUAAUAAGAAAGUGGAGAAUUUUACAGUGUCUUUCUCAGAUGGCCGUGUGUUAUGUUACUUGAUUCACCACUACCAUCCUUGCUAUGUGCCUUGUGAGGCUAUAUUUCAGCGUACUACUCAAACUGUGGAAUGCACACAAACUGGUUCAGUGGUGUUGAAUUCAUCCUCUGAAUCUGAUGCUAGUUUUCUGGACAUGUCUCCUAAAGAAUUUGAUCAUGAAAAUACUUCAGAGCUAUACAAAGAGCUCCUAGAAAAUGAAAAGAAAAAUUUUCAGUUGAUUAGCUCUGCAGUUAGAGACCUUGGUGGAAUACCUGCCAUGAUUCAUCAUUCAGAUAUGUCAAAUACAAUUCCAGACGAAAAGGUGGUUAUUACCUUUUUGUCAUUUCUUUGUGCAAGACUUUUGGAUCUUCGUAAAGAAAUAAGAGCUGCUCGACUUAUACAAACAACUUGGAGAAAAUAUAAACUAAAAACUGAUCUAAAACGCCAUCAGGAGAGAGACAAAGCUGCAAGAAUUAUUCAGUUAGCUAUAAUCAAUUUUCUAACUAAACAACGACUGAAGAAAGAAGUUAAUGCAGCACUGAUCAUUCAGAAAUACUGGCGACGAUUUUUAGCCCAGAGAAAAUUACUAAUGUUAAAAAAGGAAAAAUUGGAAAAAAUUGAAAAUAGAUCAGCAUCAAUUAUUCAGGGGUAUUGGAGAAGAUAUUCCACUAGAAAAAGAUUUCUGAAAUUGAAAUAUUAUUCCAUCAUCCUGCAAUCUAGGAUAAGAAUGAUAAUUGCUGUUACUUCUUAUAAACAGUAUCUAUGGGCUAUAGUUGUAAUUCAAAGGUAUUGGCGUGCUUAUUUCAAGAGAAAACAAGAUCAACAAAUGUAUAAAAUGUUAAAAUUGUCAGCCCUUAGAAUCCAGUUAAUGUUCAGAAGAUGGAAGCGACGUAAGAUGCAAUUACAAUUAAAAGCUACGAUAAUAUUGCAAAGAGCUUUUAGAGAACAGCAAGUUAGGAAACGAGCUAAAGAAGAGAAAUCUGCUGUUGUCAUUCAGUCAUGGUAUAGAAUGCAGAAAGAAUUACGGAAAUAUGCUCAUAUUAGAUCUAGUGUUGUUAUAAUUCAGAGAAGAUUUAGGUGCUUUCAAGCCCAAAAGUUAUAUAAAAGAAAGAAAAAGUCUAUUCUGACUAUCCAAAAGUACUACAAAGCAUAUGUGAAGGGAAAGAUUGAACGUACCCAGUAUUUGCAGAAAAAGGCUGCAGCCAUUCUACUGCAGGCUGCUUUCAGGAGAAUGAAAGUGCGUAAUUUACACAGACAGAUUAGAGCUGCUUUUGUUUUUCAGUCCUAUUGGAGAAUGAGACAAGAAAAACUUCAAUUUCUAAACCUUAAGAAGAUUGUUAUCAAAUUGCAGGCACGCAUAAGAAAAAAUCAACAACUACAGAAAUAUAAGAAGAUGAGGAAAGCUGCCCUUACAAUUCAGGCUCAUUUCCGAGUUUACAUUUCAUCCAGGAAAGUUCUAGCAUCUUAUCAGAAAACACGUUCUGCUGUCAUUGUUCUACAGUCUGCAUAUAGGGGGAUGCAAGCUAGAAGAAAGUUUAUUCACAUCCUGACAUCUGUUAUAAAGAUUCAGUCAUAUUAUCGGGCUUAUACUUCCCAUAAAAAAUUUAUGAACCUAAAAAAGGCAACAAUAAAGUUACAGUCAAUUGCCAAGAUGAAGCAAACACGUAAACAAUACUUACAUUUAAGAGAAGCAGCACUGUGUAUCCAGCAAUGGUAUCGUUCCAAAAAACUGGCUGCACUGCAGAGAGAAGAAUAUAUGCAGGUGCAGAAAUCUUGUAUCAAACUACAAGCUUUCGUUAGAGGAUAUCUGGUCCGAAAGCAGAUGAGGUUGCAAAGAAAAGCUGCUAUUUUGCUACUAUCUUAUUUCAGAAUGAGAAAGAUACGGCAGUACUAUCUGAAAAUUUAUAAAGGGACUAUUAUCAUUCAGAAUUACUACCAUGCAAACAAAGCACAAGUGAAUCAGAGGAGAAGUUUCUUGCAAGUCAAAAGAGCUGCUACCUGCUUACAGGCAGCUUACAGAGGUUAUAAAGUACGCCAACUAAUCAAACAACAAUCUAUAGCUGCUCUUCAAAUUCAAACUGCUUUUAGAGGCUAUAGUAAAAGGGUGAAGUAUCAAUCUGUGCUUCAAUCUACUAUCAAGAUUCAGAGAUGGUACAGGGCAUACAAGACUGUUCAUAAUACAAGAACUCUUUUUUUAAAGACACGAGCAGCUGUAAUAUUUCUUCAGUCUGUUUAUCGUGGCUGGAAAGUUCAGAAGCAGAUCAGAAGAGAACAUAAUGCUGCAAUGAAGAUUCAGUCUGCUUUUAGAAUGACCAAGGCCCAGAAACAGUUUAGAUUAUUAAAAAGAGCAUCACUGGUCAUCCAGCAACAUCUGAGAGCAAGGACUGUAGGAAAGAAGUUACGUACAGAGUAUGUUGAACUCCGAAAUGCAGCACUGAUGCUUCAGGCUACCUGGAAAGGAAAACAGGUGAGAAGACAGAUUCAAAGGCAAUACAAAUGUGCAGUUAUCAUACAGUCAUACUAUAGAAUGUAUGUGCAACAAAAGAAGUGGAGAACCAUGAGAAAAGCUGCCCUUCGGAUUCAAAUGAGUUAUAGGGCUUACUGUAUUGGACAUAAACAGCAUCAUUUGUACUUGAAAACAAAAGCAGCUAUAGUAACUUUACAAUCAUGUUACCAAGGUGCAAGAGUGAAAAAACAAGUGAAAGAGAGCAACAAAGCCGCAAUCAUUAUACAAGCUAAAUAUAAAGCAUACAAAGCAAAAAGGAAAUAUGCAACCCAGAGAGCUUCAGCUAUUGCAAUUCAGAGAUGGUACCGAGAUAUUAACAUGGCAAAACAACAGCGUAGGGACUAUCUUAAUUUAAAGAAUGCAGCAAUUAAGAUCCAAGCUGUUUAUAGAGGUAUCAGAGCAAGGAGGUGUAUUCGACACAUGCACAUGGCAGCCACUUUUAUUAAAGCCAUGUUUAAAAUGCACCAGUCAAAAAUAAGAUACCAUGCAAUGAGAACAGCAGCUAUUGUAAUUCAAGUAAAAUAUAGAGCAUACUGUCAGGGUAAAAUACAGCGGGAAAAGUACUUGACAAUUUUGAAAGCUGUUAAUAUAGUUCAGGCAAGGUUUAGAGGUUUAAGAGUCAGACAGAGUCUAAGAAAGAUGCAUAUUGCAGCAGCAGUCAUUCAGUCUCACUAUAGAAGGUACAGACAGCAGAAGUAUUUUAGUAAGCUAAAGAAGGUAGCAAAAACAGUACAGCAAAGAUACCGGGCAGUAAAGGAAAGAAAUAUACAAUUUCAAAGGUAUAAUAAGUUAAGAAACUCAGUCAUAUGCAUUCAGGCUGUUUUUAGGGGAAUGAAAGCUAGAAGACAUUUGAAAAAUAAGCAUUUAGCAGCAACCCUUAUUCAGAGGAGAUUUAGAACUUUUAUGAUGAGAAGAAGAUUUCUGUCUCUCAAGAAAACUGCUAUUUGGGUUCAGAAAAAGUACCGUGCAAAUGUUUGUGCAAGACAUUGCUUACAAGAAGCUGUACAGUUACAAAAAGCGGUCAUUAAAAUCCAGUCAUCGUACAGAAGAUUGAUGGUAAAGAAAAAGAUGCAAGAGAUGCACAAGGCAGCAGUCCUCAUCCAGGCCACUUUCCGAAUGCACAGGAUGUAUGUGAGAUUUCAAAGUUGUAAACAAGCCUCAACUCUAAUCCAGCACCAUUAUCGAGCAUAUAGAGCUGCAAAAUUGCAGACAGAAAACUCUAUCAGGCAACAACAUUCUGCUGUGGUCAUUCAGGCUGCUUAUAAGGGAAUGAAAGCAAGACAGCUUUUAUGGGAGAAGCACAGAGCAGCUAUUGUAAUACAAAGCACAUACAGAAUGUAUAGGCAGUGUAAUUUCUACCAAAAGCUUCAGUGGGCUACAAAAGUAAUACAAAGAAAGUAUAGAGCAAAUAAAAACAAGCAGAAAACACUUCAAAACUGUGCACUCAAGAAAACAACAACUUGUAUUCAGGAAGUUUUCCAGGGCAUAAACGUUGGGAAGCAAAGACAGAGAGAGCGUCAGGCUGCCACUGUUGUUCAGAAGCACUUCAAGGGAAGGAGGCAUUAUCUCCAGUUUACAAUGCAAAGGCAUACCCAAGCGGUUAUUUGUAUACAGUCUUCUUAUAGAGGCUUUAGGGUACGAAAGGAUAUCCAGCGAAUGCACCUGGCUGCCAUGCUAAUUCAGUCAUUCUACAGAAUGUACAGGGCCAGAGUUGUGUAUCAAGCAAAGAAAACUGCAAUCAUUGUUAUACAGAAUUAUUAUAGGUCCUAUGUUAGAGUAAAAAUGGAAAGAAAUAGAUUUUUAGCAGUACAGAAAUCUGCACAAACUAUUCAGGCUGCUUUUAGAGGCAUGAAAGUUAGACAGAAAUUGAAAAACACAUCUGACAGAAAGAUGGCAGCCAUUGUUAUCCAGUCUGCAUUCCGCUGUUACAGAACUCAAACUCAAUAUAAAGCUGUUCGAGGUGCAGCUGUUAGGAUUCAAACAUGGUAUAAAGCUUGUCUACUGGCUCAUUCACAGAAAGCAGAGUAUCGCUCUCAAAGAAAGGCUGUAGUGACGAUUCAAAAAGCUUUUCGUAAAAUGGUCACAAGAAAACUGGAAAUGCAGAAGUGUGCUGCCCUAAGAAUCCAGUCCUUCCUUCACAUGGCUGUGUAUCAGAGAAGAUUUGCUCGGCAAAGAAGAGCUGUUAUCACUUUACAGCAGUAUUUCAGGACAUGGCAAACCAGAAAACAGUUUUUGUUGUAUAGAAAAGCAGCACUGGUUUUACAAAAUCAUUACAGAGCAUUUCUGUGUGUAAAAUAUCAAAGACAAGCUUAUUUACAAAUCAGGAGCAGUGUUAUCAUUAUUCAAGUGAGAAUGAAAGGAUUUAUACAGAAAAAGAAGUUUCAGAAAAUUAAAGAUAGCACCAUAAAAAUACAGGCUGUGUGGAGGAGAUAUAAAGCCAGUAAUUCUUUAUAUAAAAUGAAAGCUGCCUGCAAGAUUCAAGCCUGGUAUAGGUGUUACAGAGCACGUAAAGAAUAUCUAGCUGUAUUAAAAGCUGUUAGAAUCAUUGAAGGCUGCUUCUGUACCAAACUGGAGCGGACACGGUUUUUGAAUAUGAGAGCAUCAACAGUAAUCAUUCAGAGGAGAUGGAGAGCUGUACUUUCUAGAAGAAUAGUUCAUGAGCACUUCUUAAUGAUAAAAAGACAUAAUGCUGCUUGUUUGAUCCAAGCAAAGUUUAGAGGAUAUAAGGGAAGGCAGAUCUUUCUUCGGCAGAAAUCUGCUGCUUUAAUCAUACAAAGGUAUAUACGAGCAAGGAAGGCUGGGAAGUUUGAAAGGAUAAAAUAUGUUGAAUUAAAAAAAUCUACAGUUUUUCUACAAGCAGUGAUCCGUAGGUGGUUAAUAAGAAAAACAAUUUUAGAACACAAAGACAAAAUUAGGCUUCUUCACUUCACAGCAGCUGCUUAUUAUCACCUGUCUGCUCUUAGAAUUCAAAGAACCUAUAAACUUCAUAUAGCUAUUAAGAAUGCUAAGAAGCAGAUCAAUUCAGUCAUCUAUAUUCAGAGAUGGUUUCGAGCAAGAUUACAGCAAAAGAGGUUUAUUCAGAAACAUCAGAGCAUAAUGAAAAUUGAGCAUGAAGGUCAAGAAUGGUUGAGCCAGCAAAACAGAGCCGCAUUAGUAAUUCAGAGAACAGUACGCCAUUUUCUCCUCCAUAAAAAACAGGAAAAAUUUAACAGUGGAAUCACUAAAAUUCAGGCAUUAUGGAGAGGAUAUUCUUGGAGGAAGAAAAAUGAUUGUAAGAAAAUUAAAGCUAUACGACUGAGUCUUCAAUUGGUUAAUAGUGAGAUCCGAGAAGAAAACAAACUUUACAAGAGAACGGCACUUGCACUUCAUUAUCUUUUGACAUAUAAGCACCUUUCAGCCAUUCUUGAGGCAUUAAAACACUUAGAGGUAGUUACAAGAUUGUCUCCUCUUUGUUGUGAGAAUAUGGCCCAGAGUGGAGCAGUUUCUAAAAUAUUUGUUUUGAUCCGAAGUUGUAAUCGUAGUGUUCCUUGUAUGGAAGUCAUUAGAUAUGCUGUACAAGUCUUGCUUAAUGUAGCUAAGUAUGAAAAAACUACUUCAGCAGUUUAUGAUGUAGAAAAUUGUAUAGAUACAUUAUUGGAGCUUUUGCAGAUGUACCGAGAAAAGGCUGGUGACAAAGUGGCAGACAAAGGUGGAAGCAUUUUCACAAAAACUUGUUGUUUGCUAGCUGUUUUAUUGAAGACAACAAGUCGAGCCUCUGAUGUUCGAAAUAGGUCUAAGGUUGUCGACAGGCUUUAUAGUCUCUACAAACUUACAGCUCGUAAACAUAAAAUAAAUACUGAAAGGAUACUUUAUAAACACAAAAAGAACUUUCCUAUAAGGAUUCCGUUUAUUCCAGAAACACCUGUUAGAACCAGAGUUGUUUCAAGACUUCAGCCAGAUUGGGUUUUAAGAAGAGACAGCCUGGAGGAAAUCACUAAUCCCCUGCAAGCUAUUCAAAUGGUGAUGGAUACACUUGGUAUCCCUUAUUCAUAA